AUGGCUUUCGCUCUGAGGUUCUUCACAUGCCUUAUUUUGACUGUGUGCAUAGUUGCAUCAGUAGAUGCAGCAAUCUCAUGUGGCACAGUGGCAAGUAGCUUGGCUCCAUGUGGCGGCUACCUAUCCACAGGCGGGGCGGUGCCGCCUCCAUGCUGUGCGGGAGUCAAAAAUUUGAAUGGUAUGGCUCAAACCACACCUGACCGCCAACAAGCAUGCAAAUGCCUAAAGGCCGCUGCAAAGAGCGUCAACCCAAGUCUAGCCUCUAGCCUUCCUGGGAAGUGCGGUGUUAGCAUUCCCUAUCCCAUCUCCAUGAGCACUAACUGCGACACCGUCAAGUGAAGUGAGAACUCAUACAUAAUCAUGAGGAUUAAGAGCACUUGGUCUAAUAUAAGUAAAAUAAAAAGGGGUUUAUGUGCGCUCACCUCAGCAUACCCUACUUUGUCUUGUUUUUAUUUUGUUGUUAAAAAGUUUGUCAUGUUAUUUUGUAGUCUUUUGCUGUAUAUUGUAUCUUGAUUAUGGUUAAGAUAUGAUAAUAGUAGCGAUGAUUUA